CAGGGUGAAACGAUCUAUAAACGUUGACCUAUAUAUGUAACGCUGCUUUAUUGUAACUCAGGCUUUCUUGAUUUAGGCCGGUUAGACAUUUUAUUUCCUUCACCAUGGAUAGAUGGUUAGGUCGUGUAGCCCUUGUGACGGGCGCAUCCGUUGGCAUUGGUGCGGCUUGUGUCAGAAACUUGGUCAGACACGGAAUCAAAGUUGUGGCUUGUGCCAGAAACCUAGAACAGCUUCAGGCAUUGAAAACUGAAUUGGCCAGUCAGCCUGGUUCCGUCCAUCCCAUCAGAUGUGACGUCACCAAAGAGGAAGACAUUCUGUCCAUGUUCGCUGAGAUCAAGAAAACCCCGGAAUUAGGGGGCGUUGACAUCUGUAUUAAUAACGCUGGGUGUGGUCACAAUGCUCCGCUCUUGGACGGAGACACCAAGAUGUGGAGAAACAUGUUGGAGGUGAAUGUGCUAGGUGUGGCCAUCUGUACUAGAGAGGCUAUCAGGUCUAUGAGAGAGCGGAUGGUGGAUGAUGGGCAGAUCAUCUAUAUCAGCAGCUUGAGUGGUCACCGAAUUUAUUCCAGCCCUCCCUCUCAUUUUUAUUCUGCCACAAAGCAUGCAGUCAAAGCAAUGUUAGAAGGCGUUAGGAACGAACUGCGUGAUUUGAAGAGCCAUAUAAGAGUAGCGGCAAUCAGUCCUGGUUACGUAGAAACAGAAUUUUCCAUUCGCUUAAACGAAGGAAAUCAGGAAAAGGUGGAUGAAAUCUUCAAAAGUCUUAAGGCCAUUCAGCCAGAAGAAAUCGCAGAGCACGUGGAGUUUAUCCUUAAAGCGCCACCCCAUGUUCAGGUGCACGACAUUCUUCUGCGCCCUACAGAACAGAUUUCAUGAAGUCUCUGACCGUCUCGGACUCAGGCUAAUAGGUGAAGGUCAGCGAUAAAUGACGAGCAUGAACCCUGAAGUUCAAGGACGCCGACAUG